AUGCGAGAAGCAACUCGCCUAGGCAGUCAAGGAACUGGAAGCAAUGGUCGCGAGGGGCCACAGGGGUAUCGGAUCCCACAGGAUAUCGCCCCCUACAAAGACGAGUUGGGCGAAUGGCACCCUCCGAGACUCUCCGGUCGAUACAAGGCUGAUGUAGAGAAGCAGUACCUUAUGAACAGUCUGCCAUGGGUUUGGUCCAAUGACUACUAUAACCAGCGCUUGCACAUCUGGGACUGGGAACCUCGUGGGCUGAAGCGAUGGUACAAGAAGCACUGGCGCAAGGCGCAAGUCGAUGAAGCCUUGAAACGCGCGGAUGAGAUGAUCGAAGACUACCGCAAGGAACGCCGCCAGGCCAAGAGACUGAGCUGGAUCGAAACCAUUGUGAAGGAGUUUGCGGGAAAUGAACUUGCUGGGCCCUACAUCCGGCAGCAGAAGAAGCCGAAACUCUGA